GGAUGCCGUCCCGGUUUUAAUCAUCAUCAUAAGAGCCAAUAGGGUGUGAAGAAGGGCGGAGCACACCAGUCUACGUCUGGCAGCUGCGAAAUAGAAAAUGUUUAUCCCACAGACACAGGCACCUUGCUGCAAAUAGGCAACCAUCACUAUAGCCGAAUUCAAAGAAAGCAGAAUGGAUAUCCACAUGUGCGAUGAAGAACAAAAUUGGAUGCAACACCGGGUUUAAAAAACAUGUAAGAUACGGAGUGGAGUAAUAACCUUUUUGUAAAAUAAAUAUUGAAAUUAAUUCCGGUUUUUCUAUCAAACCAUUGGAAGAGGUUUUGGAACCAUGUAUCAUGUCUUUAAUUUCCCAAUGACUGCGGAGCGCAGUCGCAAUAAGGAGCGCCUGGAGGCCAGUCUGGCCGGACUCGGUGAGCUGGAGCUCAGCAAGCAGAGGCAGGAGUGCCUGGUCCUCCGUGCUCUGGCUCUGGGGGAGCCCAUGCUCGAAAAUUCCACAAGGAACGAGCUAUCGGGUUUCAGCAGCUGGGGGCAAGAAAACUUGACAUUGAGACGUCAGCUGAGGGCGCUCCAGAGCUCCCCCUGGGGGCUAAUGCUGGCACUGGAACAGCAGGUUUGUGAGCUGAGAGUGGACACAGARGAUGUCACCUAUGAGGGGACCCAAGGUGACACGAUGGACAGUCGGCCCAGCUCAGGGUUCUAUGAGUCGAGUGGGGGCCAGUCUCCAAAGGGGCAUUCCUGUCCCUCUGAGUCCCCAGAGCCCCCCUCUGGCUGGGGCUACAGCAGCACUGAGAGGCCCAAGUCUCUGAAAGAUGCCCUCCAACUGACAAGUGAGAGUCUGAUGGAGCCAGCCCCUCGUGCCACUGUGCCCCAAUCCUUCUCUGCCCCCUACCCACCCCUGGAGGGCAUCGCUGAGGAGGUGACGGCUGAGGAGCCCUGGCAGUGGGACCCACACUCUGCCCAGGGUUGGGAGGACCAGGCCACUGAGGAGGAUUUCCAGCAGGCUCUGAGGGUAGAAGGCUACAUCCUGGGUCUCAUCCAUCGCUACGCGUUCUCACCCCGGCCCUGCAUGCCUCGUACCAGUCUGGGGCCUGACCCCUCCAUCUCCUCCUCAUCCAGCAUUAACAGGCAGAGCAGCCUGCAAAGGAAACCCCCUCUUCACACCCCUGAGCACUGCAUCCCUGACCCACAGGACCUCUACCCUGACCGUGAGUGCCAGGCCUGGGGGUGUGACCCUCUAGACAGGGAGGUGUGGGGGGGGGGGGGCCCAUCCAUGGAGGAGGACUGUUAUCUGUCUUUACCCUACCCUCACUCCAGACCUCACUCCCUGGCCGGGGGGCAUCCAUCCUCCCUGGACCCCCCUUGUGGAGCUAAGGACCCUUGUUUAAGUAGUGAGUCUGAUUCCCCCCAGCACUACCCACUGCCCCACUCCCCAGCUUCACAUAAACACCUUGUCAGAGCACAGUACAUUCCUGGGCAGGCAUGCCACGCCCCUGUACUAUCCUCACACUAUCCUCCAGAACACUCCCCCUCACAUUAUCCUCCAGAGCCCUCCAAGCCCAGCCAAACAUUUGUGUUCCCAGACCAAAGCAGCUCAAAGACCAGGGCCACGGGGAAGAAGAGUCGUGAGGAGGGACAGAGCUCCAAGAAGCCUGACCACAGGACCUGCCGCUCCCAGUCUGAGAACAGUUUGAUGGGGGAGAGGGCUUUCCCUAAGCACAGGUACAGCACAGCCGAGCGCCCCCAGCACCAGAGGUGCCAGGGUCCACACACAGGCCCCCAGCACAGCAACACCGCUGGGGGGCAACGCUGGUGCUCCACCCUGGAGCUCAGCCAGGAGGAAGGGGAGACCCAGGGUGAGCAGGCCCACAGAUGCCCACCUCGUAGGGCCCGCUACACCCAGGCCUGCUCUCAUGCAAACCCCAACCACCACUCUCAGGUCCAUGCCCAGCCUCGCCUCUCAGAGUACCCGGAGAGAGCACCUCUGUGUCGGGGAGAGGAGGGCCAUGUGCAGGCUGCCCCUGGGGAGUCAGAGUUCAGCAUGAGUGAGGUGUACUCCCCUGCCUCCAGCUCCCUCUCUAGUGACUCCGAUGAGGGGGGGCUGGUGUGGCCCCAGCAGCUGCCCRCUCGUCUGGCCCCCUCCUCUUCCUCCUCCCCUCAGGCCUCCUCAAAGGUCUCCUCGCAGCCCAAGGCCUUUGUUAAAAUCAUAGCCUCUCAUGCCCUAAAGAAGAAGAUUCUGCGAUUCCGCGCCGGCUCUCUCAAAGUCAUGACAACAGUCUGAAAAUAUGUCUAUCACCGAUUGUUUCUACUGCCCAUAUCCUGCACAGUCUGAUGGUUCAACCUACAUCACCUACAGUUCACACCCUCUGUCUACCUAUGCUGGUCCGUGCAGCAUUGUCAUAAAAUCAAAAGCUAUUUUACCUUCAGGAAAAACUCAGAUGUCUGUAACUGGCCUAAGAUCAGUAUCAUGAUAUCAUCUAGCUAAACCACAUUUCACCAUCAGACUGUGCAUUAACUCUGCAUUAACCAUUCAUUUGUUUAAUGAAAGUCAUCCUCUGAUGGUGACACUGCCAUGUCACAUAUGGACACCUGAAAGUGAACCACUACCUCUCUUCUCUCAGCUGCACCACCUUGCAGCCUGGACCUGAAGCCCAUGUCUGUAGCACUGGCCCUGUAGGUGACUGUAGUGAGGGGUCAGCACACCCAUUUCUGUAAAUACCUGCCUGUGGCCUUGUUUGUAUGAAUGUAGUUUGUAAAUAAAGAUGUUGUGGUCUUUUAGGCCAUGUGAUUCAUUUGA